GCCUGCGCAGAGAGCGAGUCCCUGGCGCCUGCGCUGUCUGAGCGAGAGGCUGUCCUGGCGACUGCGCACUAAUCUACACCAUUUCCAUGCUUGUAGAUCAUGUCAGCGAACCCCCUUUUUUCAAGUAAGAAGAGAGACAACUCAACAUUGUUUGGGGGUGGGCGUCUGCGUUCUAGCACCUCUUUUAACGCGCAGCAAGCUAGUGACAUCACAAACAAUGACAGAAGCAAGUGCCCACCACCAAAGCGUUAUAGGACAGACACUGAGAUAAAAACAAUGGCAGACCCUUUCUGUGACAAUGAAGAUUUUACAGCUGAUGAUCUGGAGGAGAUUGACAUUUUGGCCUCACAAGCAUACACACAGGAGUCAGAAGUGACGGAUUGCCAUACAGAUCACAUCCAAAGCAUAAAAUUAACAAACAAACAAGCAACCAACAUCGGAAACAAAACCACACACCAAUCCUGCCCGCAAAGGCCACCUAGUGAUCCUCUAGAGUCAUAUGAGGAUAAAUAUAUCUUUGGACAGAAGGGUUUGCAAACUGAUUAUGAAGAUCUGAAGCAGAAGAUGAAGGAACUACAAGACCAAGUAGUUAUGAAGAAUGGAGAAAUUAAAGUAUUGCGGGAUGCUCUGCGUCAAACGGAGUCUAAUUUUGAACAGCAGAAAAUUUCACAAGUGUUGUCAGAAAAAGAAAAGGCACAAAUCUAUAGUGAAAAGGAAAAAGACCUGUUGAAAAAGAUGCAAUCUCUGAAGUCAGAAUUGGAGUUUAAAGAUGCUGAAAUGAAUGAACUUAAAACAAAACUUCUAAACUGUGAACGAAACCGGAUUCCUGUGCAGUCAGUCAGCCCCAAGAAGAGUCCACCCAAAAUCUUAAAAUUAGAGACAUUUUCAUCACCACCUGGGAAAAACUGCUUCCCCACAAAGGAAUCAUUUACUGCAGAUAUGAACCUGAAACCAUCCACAUCAACUAUGGCUGUAAAAGCUCCCAUUGUCAAAUCAGACAAUGACAUUUUGCUAAACAACAAAAAAGUGAAGAACCUUCCCUAUUCAUAUCAUACCCAAAGAAAAAGUGGUCAAGGCUCAGUCCUGCUGAAUGCUUUGAUGCAGCAGUCGUUACGCCAUGGGUCACUUGGGUUGUACGACCUUCUAAGCAGUAAUCAAAAUGUUGUCACUGGGUCGCCCACAUGCAGCAGCCAUUCCAGCAGAACACCAGGCACCACCUCCUCCAGUGUUGUGUCUCCUACUCGAUGCUCUGCUUUACAGGAUGCACAGAAGCUGGCCAUCACUGGACUCAAUUCUAUUGCUGUGGGGGAAGAUUUGGCAUGGAAAAGAGACUCUCAAAGUUUAAGGGGGUUAUUGCACCUGAACAAGAUGAGCCGGCUGUCCGGAGCAGUCCACAUAUUGCCUUUAGUGGAGUACCAUAUUGCUGCUUAUUGCCAUGCACUGGAGACCUUGGAAAAAUCCAAAACACAUCCAUCAGAAACUCAGGAAAAAACUUCUUCUAGUGCACAGCAAAAUGUUAUCUCAAAUGCUGAGGAUUCGUUAUCCAGUUUGGUAGAGCCAUCUCUAGCCUCUCUGGAGAUACUUUAUCACUUGGUGUUUUAUAGUCUAGAGGUGGUGGAAGCCUUAUUGCAGAAUCCUGCAUACAGAGAUGAGACAGUUGUUCUACUCUCAGAUGCAAACACUGUGGAUUGCUCUGAAUACAGACUACAUCCUUUACUUAAAAAACUGACAUCUCUUUUGUCCUCCCCUGUUGUGACAUGCCAGAGAAACAUCGUCCAAAACAAAGUCCUCAGAGUACUUGUGAAAUUAGCAGAAAACUCCCCUAAUGAACUCUUGUACAGUUUUCACAGUUUGUUUACCGUGCCUACCCUGCGUCAGUGCCUGUCUCGAGAUUCUCCUACAUCAGUGGCUCAUAUGGUUGUCAAACUUUUGGCUGUUCUUUCUGAUCACCAAAAACUGUCCGCUCUUUUGUGUUCUUGCUCAGAAGGAUGCCUUUUUCAUGCUCUGUACUCCUAUGUUAUUUCAAGACCAGACAAGACCGCACCUGAUUCAAUCUGGCUGCAGUUUGAACAAGAGGUGGUGAGAUUCCUUACAAAACGAUAUGUCCAGGGCUGGAAUGGGCCAGCGGCAGAGUCCAGUGUAACAUGUCACUGUAACCGAGAGCUUGUGAAGGCUCUGGUUCUAAUGUUGCAUCAGGAAUGGCUGCAUGUGCGCCGUUCUGUGGUCUUGCCUCCAACUGCAGCCCACAGCAAAUCUGUGCAGUUUUUGCAGGAAACUGUAAUGCUGCUACACACACUCUCUCAGAGAGACAAUAACUUCAGCGAGCACUGUCUAGAGGUUCUCCACCAGUAUGAUCAAGCUGUACCAGGGGUUCGAGCUGUCCUAAAGAAGUUUCAUGUCUUGAGAGAAGUUGAAGAGUUUGCUCUGGAUGAACUGUGCCCUCCCGAAAUUGAAACAGAAGAGGAGUAUAUGGAUUGCACAUGACUAACUCAGAGUAGCAUCACUUGAGCCAGUCUCCCUAUAUUAUUACAUCAAACCGAUUAACUACUCCACACCUUUCAGAGCAAAAUGCAACUUUAAAUCCCUCUCUGUGAGAGUCACUUGUUAGAGAUAUUUAUUCUGAAGCUAUGAAUACUGUAUGGUUAAGAAGACAAAAAAAGGAUACUAAUAAAUUAAAUAUUUAAACAACGAA